ACAAAAGUAUCAUCUUGGCCAUGUCUGAUGCUCAAAUUCAAAAACCCUGUUGAAACAAUUAAGUUGUAGUUCUUCUGCUUUCACUGGAAACCCCCUCACUGCAAGUCACCUAUAUCCCCAUUGACUGAGAGCUUUCAAAAGAUUAAGGAAUCCCUGCUCAGUUUUGCUACCUUUGAAUGAUAUUGGUACAAAAGCACACUUCUGUGAGUUGUAUAGGAAUCUGGACCUAAAGCAUGAGCUUUGAUAAGUAUUAAUUUUAUUAGUGUCAGACUUGUAUAGCAGUGCAAAGUUGUGUGCAGUUCUUUGUUGUAAAUUUUCAGAUACAGGUAGUAAUAGAACCACUUUUGUAGGCAGUGAAGUGUGUAAGAGAGUUAGAGUUUCUUUAACUUUAGUAGUUACAUGGAAAAUUCUUGCUUAUACCUUGCCUGAAGUUCUUACAGGUUAAUCCCAGAGAUACGGGGAAAAUUCCUCUCUUUGUACACUGAGCUGUCUAGUUUUGAGAAAUAAUCUGUGCUGAAGUGAUUGUAGGGUAUCCUUUCUUGGAAAUAAAGUCUGGUUUAAGUUUUUAAGGUUGAGGAUGGCAUGUGGAUCUGUCCAGAUGCAAAUACAAAUUUAUAUCUCUCUCACUUUGUUAUGCUUUCUUUGAGGAAAUGCUACACUUUUAAGUACCAUAACUUUUGUAGCAAUGUUGCUGUACAGUUUUGUCAGAUGUAAUCACUUUGGAAAUGCUUUCAUAAAGUAAUACACAAUGCCAUGGAGAAAUUUCAUAUGCUUUUAGAAAUAACGCUGGAACUGGACUGCAAGGAAAAGUAAUUUUGUUUAAGUGUUUGUGAUUGACACUCAGAUAAUAUUCAAAGAGGAGCUGUAACAUAUGUAACACAUGCUUUGAUGUUUGAAGUGUCCUCUCUCAAAGCAGCAGCAUAACUGGUGGUUAUUAGUGAUUAUUAAAGACAUGGGUAUGUUACUAAUCAGGCAACUAAGUUGCCAAGCCAAAUUCUAAAUCUGUAAUUAUAUUUGGCCUCCUUAAAAUGAGGAGACAUGUUUGUACUAUUUCUGUCUAAAACCACUGUAUCUGAUAAAACCAAUUAAUAUGGUUGAUUUUUUCAUUUUAUUUUUCUGUAGCCCAUGACAGAAAAGAUAGCUGAAUGCUUGGUUUCUGACACUUUGUAAUGGAAAUGAAACAAUUCUUCUUCUUCCUUUUGAAAAUCUGACCUUCUAAGUUUUCAGGACAGUUUAGAUUUGAAGUUGCUUUAUUUUGUCACUUCAAAUCAUGUCAUGUUGCCAGUUAAAAUUGGCUUUGUGUGCAUCUUUGCUGUGUUAGUUUGCUUACAGCUCAAGUAUUUCUGUGGUUUUGCUGCAGCCAGUAAUGGAUUACUACUGACAAAAGUUGUUUGUUUAUUUGAGUGACAAGCAUGUGUUGUUUUGUCUCUGGUUUUACGUGAGUAGGUUUCUCUCACACUGAAGAUAACAGGCAGGUAUCCAUAGUAAAGUUUCUUCAGCAAACAGUGAAAGCCAGUAAUGUUUGUCCAUGCCUGUUACUGUUCUGGAGUUUUUGAAGCCUGAUUUUGAUAGAUAACAAACAUUGUGGAGUCAAGCUGAUAAAAUACUUGUUUAGCUCUUGAGGCCCAAAAAAGCCUCUGUCAUUUUAAAUUUGUGAAAGCAAGGACAACCACAUUCAAGAAAGAUGUACAGUGGUACCUUCUCUUUGCUAUCAUCAUGAAUCAAAUUUAGUUGAUCCUCUGGAGGUAAAAUGUCUGUUUCCCUUUGAUCUCAGUUGCUGUAGCCAUACUGCUUCAGGGACAUAAAAUAGUUACCACAAUAAUGAACCUAGACCUGAGUGAAGCCAAUGACGUCAGAUAGAGCUAAUUUAACAAAUGACAAAGAAGUUUGGAGGAUUUUGUAAGAGCAAAAAGCACCAAGGAUGCUGAGGAACUGGAUUCCAGUGGAUAUGUGUUUGCAUUGCCAAUUGUGCCAUUGGCUGAGUGGUGUGGACAUCAACAUCCCAGAGAAGUAUUCUCUGUCACUGCCAACAUUGAAACUGCAACCAUAUUGCAAAUCUACAACUGUAGAUCAGUUCACUUCUAUGGUCAUGAUAAGGAAACAUUUGUUCCACAUGGAAGAAAAAUGUGUUCCUGUUUAUUCAUAAACAGUGAAGUCUGGAAAUAAUAUUUUAUCAUAAAUUUUAGUGAUGAAAAAACCAGAAGAUUAAAAGCAAGACUGACUUGUUAGAAACUAAAUUUCCAUUAAUCCCUUUUGUUUCUUUAGAACAAAGCCAUAAGGAGAGUUAUUUAUGAUGGAAGAAAAAGCUUAGGCAGCACUUUUGAUUAUGAUUGAAUUAACAGAUAUUUCAUGGGCUGUCUGUUGAUUGUACCUUCUGCCUUCUGAUGCAAAUCUCUAGUAGCAUCACUGUUAAUUUUCCAGUGCUUUCCUAGAUGGUUGUGGAUUGACUGAGGAUUUAUAUCACCUGAGGAGUGUAACAGUGGUUUUGGGGAUAAGACUGUCAAAAGGACUUCAUGUCUCUCUUUUUCCUGUUGUUUCAGCAUUAUUUGACUCAGUGACCAACAUGUAAUUUUCUGCACCAGAAGAUAAGAAGGAAACAGCAGUUGUUAAGAAAUAAGCCAUGCCUGCUGCAGCUGAUGUAACUGUGGGGGACCUGCCUGUGAGACAUACAGGUCUAACUCCAGCUGGAACUGAAGGAUUACAAGAAUCAUGAACUGCACAGAAUAUGAAAGCUCAACGAACCAGGUAACAAACCAGUCAAGAAGAACUGGAGGACAUGUUUCUUCAUGUACAUGAUGAUCACAUCUUACUCCAGCAGCAUAAAAAUGAGCAAGAGGAAAAAACUAAAAGAAUGACCACCAAGUUAAUACAGCUUGUUAAUGAGAAAAAGUCUGAACAGGUUGGUGGCGGCCCCAAGUGGCUGGGUCGCCUGGAGCUGGAAGGAAGGAUUGUGCAUUGACAAGAAAAAGUUCAUGAGCCUGAGAAACAGAAUGAGAGCCCCCUUUCAGCUGACCAGCAGCUCCAGAUUCCAGGCCACAGACCUUGUCCAUCCAGCUGGGUUCAAUCUUUUAUUAGCAGUGCUCUCAGAAAAGUGAGCGAGGCUGCUGAUAUGCCAGAGCACACAAGGAAAGGUGUAAUUCACAUUUAUUAA